AUGAAUAGUUCAACCAAUAGUAAGUCCGACGUUGUUCAAGAGGACUUGUCAUAUACAAAGUCGACAAUUGCAAAGGAAUCCACUGUAACUGAGCCCACACAAGUGAAGGUCCUGGGUAUGGCAUGGGACACUGCUGAAGAUACGUUUUUGUUCCAUUUGGAGGAACUGGUCGAGUACGCAAAAUCACUUCCG